CCGCAGUUGAUGGUACACCAGCUCUUCCUCUGGCUGCACAUACCAAUACAUCAAGGGUCAUACGGCAUGAGCAGCAAACCCAUUGUGGCACCAAUCGGAAAGGCCCAAAGGCACGACUGCAUCACACGAGUUCAUGCGCUCGUGCCUAUUUAGCUCCCCGCCUCCACCUCGCUGCUUCCUUGAUUCUCUCCAGCUCUCGCCAGCUUCACUGAAAUAUAUCGAGCAGUACGCGGUGGUAUUAGCAACUGCGGUCGCGUUCGCGAUACCGUCGGCAAUGCAGAAGUCGAAGUGAAUGUUGAAAGAGGCUGCCACUGCUGCCGCCAUACCCAUACCUCACUGACAGUUCCGAACGGCCCCCUCGGCGUUCACUUCCAUCAAACAACCUCUUCAAGAUGCCGAACUACGGCUACGAUGAAAACGGCUUCAUCACGCCAAUUUUCGGUCCCGGCGUCACCACGACCAGACAAGGCAGAUUUGGCGGGGCGCAUUUCACAAUCACUUCGACCAGUUUCGGAACGACUGCCGGGGCUUUCAACGCAUUCACUUCCACCGCUCACACAAGCUCGCGCAAUGUCUUUGCUGCCUCGCCCCCUCCGCGUCGGAGGCAGGGUCCCGGCUUGCUAGGCGCUGCGUUCGGUGUCAUGGGUGACCUUUUGGCUGCACGGCAACAAGCUCGAGAGAAUCUCCGUGAACCUUCAACGAGAGACGAGAGGCCGGAUUCUCGUCGCACUGGAUCUCAUGAUUCGACCUGGUCAAGUCCGCCACCGUCUCGUGGAGGACCUGCCCGUCGCUCCAGCCGAUAUAAUCGAGGGGAGUCGGAUGAAUACUUUCCUGAUUCCGAUGAAAGCUAUGACCGUCGGUCCAGGCGAGGAUCUACUCGUGAGAAUGAUACAGUGUACGAGGAUCUAGCUGAUUUAGCGGAUCAUCACCGUCAGGCAAUCAAAAGGUGCAACAGACGUCUGGACAGAGCCACGAGGCAGCCAGACGUCGAUGCUGCAAAAGUCGAGCGCCUUCUCGAUGAGCUCGAAACUCACGAGGAGUCGUAUGCUCAAGUGAAGAAGGACAUGGAGAAGGCAUCGCGAGGCCAGGGGAGCUCUUCACGACAGACGCCCCCGCGAUCGACACGACCCUCGCAGAGACAAGAGCAGACUUUCGAUGAAAUGUUCGCUGGUGACCCCUUUCACGGCAUCUUUGGCACUUGGAGUCGCAUGGGAGGCCCAGCUCGUCCGCCACCCUCCGCGAACACCCGCCAGCCCAACGCCUCGUCCGGCUCCCACCCGUCCUUUGCAUUCAACUGGGGAAUAGAUUCAGAUUUCGACGACUUAUACAACGCCAUGCAAGACGAGCACUUCGAUCCUCGCUCGCACUUUACCUUCUCCCCGAUGCCAGACGAAACUCCUAAAUCCGCCCCUCGGUUCCAGCCUGCACAUCCUCCCCAGGCGUUCAACCCACAGCCUCCCAAGAACAUGCUAAAAGCCGAAGAAGCGCGCAAAUUGUUCGCAGAGUAUGACAGACGCUGGAACGUUUUGGCCCCAGCAGACCCGAACAUCCCUUUUCCGUGCCGCGGACUCCACCGUCAUGGCCUGGCCGCUAGAGACACAAUCUGGGCUCCCACGGUCACCUCGCCUGUCUCCGCCUGGUCUGAAUCUCAAGUCCAUCAAGCCAACGCGCAAGCCUUCUUCAUCGGUGCCGUAGGCUUACAGCCGACUUACAGGGAAGCUCCAGGAUCUGGCAAGCUAGUGACGGGAUUCGACAGAACGCGAGCGACACUCGAGCAAGUCAGAGCGCUCGUUGAGAUCCUCAAGAAAGAAAAGGGGAGAUGGCAUUCGGAUCGAUUGGGGAGGAGGAAUGGUGGUGGGGUGGGCGCGGCGGUGAAUGAGGGGCUGCAGCGCGAUGAGAGGGCUCGCGCGGUGUUUCAUGCUGUUUGUGAGUUGGCGGAGACUGCGCAGGCGCGAUAGAUGGGUGGCUUUAUGAGAUGAUGAGACCUAUGAAGCAUGACGCAUGUCGCAUGUGUGACGGUAUGACAGUUGUUUGAAUGUUCCCCACCACACGUGAUUCUGACGCAUUGAGAUUAGCUUUUGAUCGUGGUGAAGACGCGUUUGUCUCGUGAGGUGGAAGCGUGGUCGCACUGCAUGACAUGACUUGAAGCAUUUGCUUUUUUGCAAACUUCCACCGCGCACAUCGUUUUCGAGCCCUACUCACCCCAUCGCA